AUGGAAGAAAUCCCGGAGUUGCCGAAAAAUGAUUCUAUUCAAAUUAGGGAGGUAUGGAAUGACAAUCUUGAACAAGAGCUUGCUCUAAUUCGUGAAAUAGUGGAUGACUAUCCUUAUAUCGCGAUGGAUACUGAGUUCCCGGGUGUGGUUCUUCGCCCCGUAAGGAAUUUUAAGCAUAUUAACGAGUAUAAUUAUCAGACUUUGAAGGAUAAUGUUGAUAUGUUGAAGUUGAUUCAGUUAGGUCUGACAUUUUCGGAUGAAAAUGGAAACUUACCCACUUGUGGAAGUGAUAGUUGCUGCAUUUGGCAAUUUAAUUUCCGUGAAUUCGAUGUGAACAAGGACAUAUUCGCUAAUGAUUCAAUUGAGCUUUUGAGGCAAUCAGGUAUCGAUUUUGAGAAGAAUAAUGAGAUGGGCAUUGAUUCAAACCAUUUCGCCGAGCUCUUGAUGUCUUCAGGAAUCGUUUUGAAUAAUGACGUGCAUUGGCAUUUGAUGAAAUUCUGCAACAACCUUCAUGGUGGUCUGAAUAAGUUGGCAGAGCUCCUGGAACUUGAGAGGAUUGGCAUAUGUCACCAGGCAGGUUCAGACAGUUUGCUUACUUCUUGCGCAUUCAAAAAAUUGAAAGAUAACUUCUUCGACGGUUCCACCGAAAAGUAUUCUGGCGUUUUGUAUGGACUUAGUGUUGAGAAUGGGUCUGAAAAAUAA